GUUUAUUGGUCUGAUUUAUUUUUUUUACUUUUCCGACAUUUUUUCAUACAUAAAUGGAACGUGAACAAAAAGACCGUGAAAUAUACUGCAAAUUAUUUGUUGGAAAUCUAAAAUUUUCUACAACUACAGAUGACUUGAAAGAAUUUUACUCUAAAUUUGGUGAGAUAGUGGAUUGUGUAGUGAUGAAAGAUGGGACUGGAAAAUCUCGCGGUUUCGGUUUUGUAACAUAUCAGGAUCCUGAUAGUGUUGAUGAAGCACAAAAGAAUAGACCACAUUAUAUUGGUGGGCGUAAAACGGAACCUAAACGAGCUAUACCAAGAGGGGAAGCAGAUAAACCUGAAGCGCAGCAAAAUAUUAAUAAAAUUUUUAUUGGAGGGCUACUUGAGGAAGUAAAUGAGCCUGAGUUAGAAGAUUAUUUUUCAAAAUACGGCAAAGUAGUUAAUACAAAUGUUAUAAGAGAUAACGUUACUGGUAAAAAACGUGGAUUUUCAUAUUUAACAUUUGAGGAUUAUGAUACUGUUGACAAAAUAGUUUUGGAAAAAUAUCACACUAUACAUGGCAAGACAUCUGAAGUAAGAAAAGCACUAUCUAAGGAAGAAAUGAAAGUUCAUCAAAGAAAAACUUUUAGAAGAAGAUAUGAUGAUAGGGGAGAUGAUGACUAUAGAGGUGGUGGAGGAGGAAAUAAUAUGAUGAUGCCUGGAAAUUUUCUGGGUGGUCCUAUGGGAGGUGGUAUGAUGGAUGAUCUUAGUUCUAAUGGAAUGAUGAUGGGUGGAACUACUCCAUUUGAUAUGUUAGCUAAUAUGGGAAUGAUGAGCACUAUGAUGGGAAAUAUGAUGGGUAUGGGAAAUAAUCCAAUGGCAUCUAUGAUGGGAAUGGGCCAAGGUGCUAAUGGUAAUCCAAAUAGCUUUAAUGGUGGUGGAGGUACUGGUCAAAACAUGAAUGCUUUACAAGGUGGUCAAAUGGGAGCAGUACAGCCUAUGGGAGGACAAAUGGGAAAUUUACAAGGUAUGGGUGGACAAAUGGGAACUGGUCAAAACAUGGGUGGACAAAUGAAUGGUACAGGUGGAAACAUGCCAGAUGGUAAUGCUGCAAGUGCUAUGAUGUCUGGCAUGAUGGGGAUGAUGGGAACUGGCAUGAAUGAUGGUGGUAUGGGUAGCUUCAAUUCUGGAUUUAACAACUCAAAUUUUCCUAGAAAUCAAAGCCAAGGGUUUGCUAAUAUGGCUGGCCCUAUGAGAGGCAGAUCAAAUACAGCAUUUAGAAAUAAACCCUAUAAUAGUGAUGGACCAAGAGGUGGAAAUGAUAGAGGCUUCUCUGCUAAACGUGGUGGACGUUUUUAAAUUACACAGGCCCAGGUUUUAAAUUUGUACAUAAGAUUUCCCCAGUUCAAUUAGAUUAUAUGAAUUAGAUAAGAUUGAUAAAGGAGAAUCAAUUAACAAGUUUUCAAAUAUGAGAAAUACGUUUAUAUCAGAUUAGCAAACAAACCUGGGCAGAUAUACAUAUUUUCCAAAUCUUCAUUAUUUAUAUAUAUUAAAUAAAAUAUACAUAAGUAUAAUUGUAUUGUAAUUUAAGAAUUAUAUAUAUUUUUUAUAUUUAUUAGAUAUAACAUUAAUUUUUUUUAUACAUUCAUAUAUUGUAAGAGUUUAUAAAAUUGUAUAUUCAAUGGUGUAAAU